CCCUGGUCGGCAGUGCGGAGGACAGAACCAGGUGUCAGAUUUCAGGAAGAAGUGCAGGUCAUCGGUCCACCUUUACGGUCCACAAUACAGAGCCGGGAAGCGGAAUAUGAAUUGGACUCGGACGACUUUGAUGAUGCUUCACUAGCUGAAAUCCAGCGCGAACAAAGGCGCUCUCAUGGGGCUACGGGACGAGAACGCACCUUGAUGACCUCGCUGAAAAACAAUGGUCAGGUGGAGGUCUACUGAACUCGGUUGCUAAUAUGGCAAAUUCAAUCCUCGGAGCUGGUAAACCUUUAACUGCUCAUAUGCCCAAAGUGCUGAUAAUUGAUGACAGGAAUUAUUGGUUUGCCGUACGCAGUCAGUCAAGCAGGCUUCUUUCUUGGCAUCGUUCUUCUGGUCGUUAUUUGCGCCGUCACCGAUUGGACUAUCCGAUUGGUUGUAAUCAACGCCAAGCUCAGCGGCAGAACAUCUUACAUCGAAGUCAUGAACAGUUGUUUCGGCCCCAGUGGCCGCGCAGCCGUUUCAUUUUUCCAGUUCUCAUUUGCUUUUGGUGGGAUGUGUGCAUUUGGUAUUAUUAUUGGAGAUACGAUACCCCAUGUCAUUCGUUCAAUAUUCCCCACUUUGCACACGAUACCUGUUCUCUCACUCUUCACCAAUCGCCAAUUCAUCAUCACCCUGUGCACAACGUGUGUUUCUUAUCCGUUAUCGCUCUACCGCGACAUCCACAAACUUUCACGUGCAUCCGGGCUUGCAUUGUUCAGCAUGCUCGUCAUCGUUUCAGCGGUCCUGAUUGAAGGAUCGCACGUGUCGCCCGAACUCAAGGGCGAUCCGUCGAAACGCCUCACUGUUUGGGGCCCGGGGGUCUUUCAGGCAAUCGGUGUUAUGAGCUUUGCAUUUGUGUGCCAUCACAAUAGUUUACUCAUCUACGGGAGCUUGAAGACCCCCACCCUAGAUCGAUUUGCUCAAGUGACGCAUAUAUCGACGCUCAUCUCACUCGUGGCGUGCUGUACUUUGGCUAUAUCAGGCUUCUGGGUUUUUACAAACAGAACUCAGGGGAAUAUACUGAAUAACUUCUCCGGGAACGAUGCGCUGAUCAACGUUGCCCGUUUCUGUUUCGGGCUGAACAUGUUUACGACGUUACCCUUGGAGUUGUUUGUCUGCAGAGAAGUGAUUGAACAGUACUUCUUCUCUCACGAAAGCUAUAAUGUUCAGCGACACGUCUUCUUCACCUCCACCAUUCUCUUCGCAUCGAUGCUUCUCUCGUUGAUCACCUGCGAUCUGGGCGUCACGUUGGAGAUCACCGGCGGUGUCUCAGCCACAGCGCUUGCGUACAUAUUUCCCGCUGCAUGCUACCUAAAACUGACCGAUCCACGUGUUCCGUGGUACUCCCGUGCGAAGCUUCCAGCUGCAGUUUGCCUUGCG